CCUCCUCCCCCCGAUUUUUAUAAGAAGAACCGUCCCUUCCCUUGUCCCACUCCUUGGAUUUCAUUCUCUCAUCUUCUCUCAUCUUGGAUCUUUUUUUUCGUUCCUGAUACCCCUUUGACGUCAUAAUCAUGUCUGGUGCCCAACAGCGUCUGAACCAGGUGGCUUCCCACUUCGGCCCCGGUGGCAAGAAGGGAGCCGCUGCCAUCACCGAGAAGCACCCCGAUGAUAUCGUCAUCACCUGCGCUCUCCGGACCGCCCUGACCAAGGGUGGUAAGGGUGGCUUCAAGGAUACCGCCGCCGCCGACCUGCUGGCCGGUGUCUUCAAGGCCGUCGUCGACAAGAGCGGCAUCGACCCCAGCCAGGUCAACGACAUCUCCGUCGGCUCCGUCCUGGCCCCCGGUGGUGGUGCCACUGAGUUCCGUGCCGCCGCCCUGGUCGCCGGUUUCCCCGAGUCGGUCGCCGUCAAGUCUCUGAACCGUCAGUGCUCCAGUGGCCUGCAGGCCAUCGUUGAUACUGCCAACGCCAUCCAGACCGGCAUGAUCGAUGUCGGCAUUGGUGCCGGUGUUGAGAGCAUGUCCUCGCAGUACGGCCCCGGUGCCGUGACCGAGUUCUCCGACCUCCUGGAGAGCCACCCCGAGUCCGCCAACUGCAAGGUCCCCAUGGGUGUCCUGUCCGAGAAGAUGGCCAAGGAGCGUGGUGUGACCCGUGCCUCCCAGGACGCCUUCGCCGCCGCCUCGUACCAGAAGGCCCUCGCCGCCCAGAAGGCCGGCCUGUUCGACGCCGAGAUCGCCCCCCUGGAGGUCAAGUGGACCGACCCCAAGAGCGGCGAGGAGAAGACCAUCACCGUCAAGGCCGAUGACGGCAUCCGCCCCGGCAUCACCGCCGAGUCCCUGGGCAAGAUCCGCCCCGCCUUCGCUAAGGACGGCUCUAUCCACGCGGGCAACGCCUCGCAGAUCUCUGACGGCGCCUCCGCCGUGCUGCUCAUGAAGCGCUCGACCGCCGAGCGCCUGGGCCAGAAGAUCAUCGGCAAGUACGUCGCCGCCAGCGUGGUCGGCGUCAAGCCCCUGCUCAUGGGUAUCGGCCCCUGGAAGGCCAUUCCCGUCGCCCUCGAGAAGGCCGGCAUCACCAAGGAUGACGUCGACAUCUUCGAGAUCAACGAGGCCUUCGCCUCCCAGUGCGUCUGGUGCAUCAACGAGCUCGGCAUCCCCCAGGAGAAGAUCAACCCCAAGGGCGGUGCCAUCGCCUUCGGCCACCCGCUCGGCUGCACCGGUUCCCGCCAGAUCAGCACCCUGAUGACUGAGCUGGAGCGCACCAACAAGAAGAUCGGUGUCACCAGCAUGUGUGUCGGUACCGGUAUGGGUAUGGCCGCCGUGUGGGUGCGCGAGUAAGGGGUGUUUCUCAAAAAAGCAAUGAUCUGGCAUCAUGAUUCUUUUUCUGUCUUAUAUAUAUCUCUGUUUUAGUUUCUAGUUUCUUGUACAGCGAC